AUGGCAUCCAUCGACACUCUCCAGGUUAGACAGUCGAGUGAAUUGGCCCCUACCGGAAACAUUCCAAACACCGCGAACCCUGUCUUCACCCAUUCUGUCCGUGUUUCUGGCUUUGAGGCUACAGAACUCCCCAAUGAUGGUACAUCUGUCUUCUACCGACCCAAAAGUGAUGAUCCAUCUCAUAUCACUCGUGCUACCAUUGUUGCUGGUAUAACCACUGUGACGGUCGGCCCUCCUCCUCCUCUCAGCACAGUCGCCAGGGGCCUUAUGAAUGACUCUACUAGUGAGAUCCACAUCACUACCAUUACUCUUUCGCCCCUUCCUGCGGUCACGGCUUCCUCCACCUAUCAGGAUCCCCAUCAACCGGCGAAUGUCACUAGCCAUGUCCCCUUUACAAGCCAUACAGAGGGGUGGAAUCUGACAUGCACCCAUACUACAACGUUGGAUCCUGUUGAUGCACAAAAUGGCACCAUCAGCUCUAGCGGACCCUUCAUCACCACAGUGACAGCGACCAGCAUCCAGGUUGUCACUGUCACUCAGCCUGCGAUCUCAACCAUUACCGAGAGUAGUACCAUUCCCGGUGGAUACUUCCAAGAAUCAGAAUAUGGCUACAAUAUCCCAGCACGUCCAGUUGAGAAUGGUGAUAUUGCCAAGAGACAGACCUGUAUCUGGAUUUCUGCCACGAUCAGUGGCCAUGUUGCUCAUUGGUGCAACAACUGGGAUGGACAAUCAGUCUUGACUUUCACCUCUUGGGAAACCACAAUCACUCCACCUUCCGUCCCUGAUGCUACAACCACUCCCCCGGGAUCUUUACCAACUAGCCAUGUAUACCCCAGCCCAACUGCUAAUUGUGGCGAAGUUGGCACAUUCCGAAUCGAGUUCGAUGAUCUUGCUGUCUUCUCUACCUUCAACAAUGACACCACAGAUUUACCUCCAAUCAAUAAUGUGGGAUGGUAUCAUCACUUCCAGUGGGGUAACGGAUGGUCGGUUGUUCCACCCCCUAGGGAACCAUUCCCAGCACAUUCCGGGUCCCGCCUCGCUCAGUACAACGAAAGUCGGAUUUCUUCAACCUUUGGACUUCCUAGGGGUCAGUAUGUUCCUCCGAAUGCUUUCGGUGCUGCUGUUCGAGAGUCGAAUUCGGCGUACUGGUUCAAUGCCCGGACUGCAUGGGUUGGCUGCGACAACAUUGCACAAAAUGCAAGCACUACCUGUGACUUUGUCGCAGAAGGCUGGAAAUGGGACCAGGACACCGCAAACCAGCGAUUGGCCGUGACCCAGCACUUCAGACUCCCGCCAUGUCCGGAUUUCGCGUCGUGUCAAUUGAGGCCCAUCAACUUCGACUACCAAUUUUAUCGCUUGGCCACAUUGAGCUUCUACGCCAAUGUCCAGGGUCAGAGAAAGACAUUGUACUUGGACAGCCUCGAUCUGUCCUGGUAUAACAAUACGUGUGAGGCGGGACUUGCACGUUCCAGCCAGGGGUUCGCGUCACCUUAA